UGUUUCUUUUCUUUACUUUGUCCACAGAUCAUGUCUCUCUCCCCUUCGGGAACCAAUCCCAUGGAGUCUCUUACAACGGCCUGUGACAUGCCCCCUGCCGACCCUCAUGCCUUCCACACCAGAAUGGCCAGCUUUGAUGCUUCUUUGCCUGAGAUGAAUAAUCUUCAGAUUUCUGAGGGUUCAAAGGCUGAAGCCGUCCAGGAGGAGGACACCACGGUGCACAAGGAUGAUCUUUCUAGUUCCAUCAAUGAACUCCCAGCAACCUUUGAAUGCAGUGAUAGCUUUAGCCUGGAUAUGACCAAGGUGGAAGGAAAAGGCACUCAGGCGCUGAACCAGUUUACUCUUGCAAGGUAACAAGGCACCUGGCGGAAAUGAAUGGUGUGAGUGUACGUGGCAUGU